CGGCCCGGCCCAACCCACCGCCCCUCGGCUGCGCUCCGCCCCGGGUCGGGCGGGGCGGCGCUCAGCGCUGUUGAGCAGAGCAGAGCCGAGCCGUGCCCAGCGCAGCCCUGCGACGGGGCGAACAGCGGGACGGUGAGCAGCAGGUGAAGGUGGCCCUCAGACCGGCACCAUGACCGAGUGCUUCGACUGCGACAACUGCAAGGAGUCCUUGUAUGGGCGCAAGUACAUCCAGAUGGACAAUGGCCCAUACUGCAUCCCCUGCUACGAUGCCCACUUUGCCAAUACAUGUGAUGAGUGCAAGGAGCUGAUCGGCCACGACUGCAGGGAGCUGUACUAUGAGGAUCGCCACUACCACGAGCACUGCUUCCGCUGCUUCCGCUGUGACCGCUCGCUGGCUGACGAACCCUUCACCUGCCAGGACGAGGAGCUGCUGUGCAAUGACUGCUACUGCAAUGAGUUCUCCUCCAAGUGCAUCGCCUGUGAGAAGACAGUCAUGCCAGGAUCCCGCAAGCUGGAGUACAAUGGACAAACCUGGCACGAGCACUGUUUCAUAUGCAGCAGCUGCCAGCAGCCCAUCGGGUCACGAUCCUUCAUCCCAGACAAGAAGGAUUAUUACUGUGUCCCCUGUUACGAGAGCAAGUUUGCUCCUCGCUGCACUCGCUGCAAAAAGACCCUGACCAAGGGAGGAGUGACCUACCGGGACGAGCCGUGGCACAAGGAGUGUUUUGUCUGCACAGGCUGCAUGACCCCCCUGGCUGGCCAGCAGUUCACCUCCCAGGAUGACAACCCCUACUGCAUCAAGUGCUUUGGGAACCUCUAUGCCAAGAAGUGCAGUGCCUGCACAAAGCCCAUCACAGGCUUCGGUGGUGGUAAAUAUAUCUCCUUUGAGGAUCGUCACUGGCACCAUAACUGCUUUAACUGUGCCCGCUGUGACACCUCGCUGGUCGGGAAAGGCUUUAUCCCUGACAAUGAUGAGAUCCUGUGCCGUGACUGCAGCAACGACCUAUGAGCCUUGGAGGACACUGUGGGGCAGGGGCUUUCUCUAUUCUUCACAGUCUUUGUGCCAGUUAGCCCUGACAGCAUUGCAGGGGCACGGCACAAAGCAUAGGAGAUGAGGGCUGACCCCUAACCACUGUGUGUUCAGGAGGUUCCCGUGCCCCUCCUUGAAGGCUAGAGUAUGCUACACUGUGGCUCUGUGCAGAGCCAAAGCUAAAUAAAGUUGAAAAGGAGCUUCAAGAUCCCCAUUAUUUACUCUUUCCUUUUGCUUACUGUCUGACUGGGCAUGAGCUGAGCAAAGGGCAGCAGCAGCAGCUUCAGUGCAGGGCUGCUGGAUCUGCACGCUGGCAGCACGCAUUCGCUCCCCUGGGCACAGUGCUCAUCCUUCUUCUUUUUUCCCUGCUCUGCGUGCUGCAGGGCAGCAACUCCUGCUCUGGUCUUGGCGGUGUUCACGGUGGAUGGCUUUGCAGCCCAGCAUUGCACAACCUGUGCAUGUGGGGCUCUCUGCUCUAUUCAGGAGGCUUGGGGACACCGGGCUGGAGCGGGAGCACGUGUCACCACCAUGGGAUUCCUGCAGCCACUCUGCCACCUAUGUGCUGCACCCUUUGCUCAGCGUGGCUCUGUGACAGAGCUCAGGCACUUGCAGGGCUGUAGCGCUGUCCCAAAAAACCCCUGCCUGUCCUUAACUGUUAACAACGAGGGGUCUAAAGGCUCACACGAGCCUUGCCCGGUGGCUUGGCUGGCCCUGCCCCCCCAGAGCUCCUCUGCAGAGGGAGCUUGUGCUUCUGCCUAGUCUGCAUCUCCCUUGCUCUGCCCUGCAUGGGGCCCUUCCCCCAGCCCUGCUUUCCUGCUUAACCCGUGCUUCUCUGAAGGCAUCUUCUUGUGAUGUUUAUUCGUUUUUGGUUUUGUUUUUUUUUUCUUUUUUCCUUUUUUUGUAUUCUUUUGUCAUGAUUAUCUGUUAUUCUGUAACCAGCUGUGGGAUGAAGGGACUCUCCUGCCUGCCCAGGAUUCAGUAGGAGCAGAAAAAAUUAUGCAUGUUGAAGUGUUAUUAACUCUGUAUUCAGAUCCUGCUUGAACCCUCGUUUGAAAGCUUUGAUGCAGGCAAAUCAGAGUUUGUGUGUUUGCUAUUCUGAGGCGCUUGGAGCAGUCUCUAGAAGGAAGUGUCCUGAAUGUCAGCCCCUUGUAUGUUUCCUAAGGCUUUAUAUAAUAAACCGUUUUAGUGACA